AUGUGCUUGAUACAUCCCAUAGAUGUGUAUAAAGAGGGCUUAAUAUCUUUUGGUGAACUUGAUUUCUCAACUGGUGGGAUUGGGAAAAUGAAGAGAAUGGAGGAUGAGUUGGGGCUUGUUACCUGUUUGGAGAAGCUUGAUGCGAGCGGAAGUGGCAUAAGAGAAGUGCCAUCCUCUGUUGGUCUUUUGAAAAACCUCAAAGAAUUAUCUCUUGCUGGAUGUAAAGGACAGUCACCUAAAUCAUGGAACAUGAUGUUGAAUCCUUUUCAGUUAUUGCGAAAAAGAAGUCACACUCCGGCAGGAUUGUCGUUGGCUAGUUUGUUUGGUUUGCAUUCAUUAACCAAACUGGAUCUAAGUGAUUGCAAUCUUUCUGAAAUCCCCAGUGAUUUUGGAUGCUUGUCCUUGUUAAUAGAUUUAGAUUUGAGCAAAAAUCAAUUUGUUAGACUACGUGAGAGCAUCGGCCAACUCUCUAGACUUGAAUUGCUUCACUUGGAUUCGUGCUGCAAGCUUCAGUCAUUGCCAGAGCUUCCAACUCGUUCAUGGGUAAACAUCAGCAACUGCAUUUCAUUUGACACAUUGACCAAUCAAAUAGAGAAAUUGAUGAGUGUCAACUGUUUCAAAAUGGUGGAGAAUGAAAGCUGUAAAAGUUCAGCACUUUCAUUGCUAACACGCUACCUUAAGUUUCAACGUUGGGGUUCUUCUAAACCUCAUUUAUUUAGCUUUACUGCUUCUGGAAAUGAAAUACCAGAGUGGUACAAUCACCAAAGUGUGGGGUCUUCGAUAACUGUAGAGCUGCAUCCAGGUUUGUUUAGUAACAAGUGGAAGGGAUUUGCCUGGUGUGUCGUUUUUAGACUCCUCAAACCACUCUCGCCUUUGGCUGAGUUUGGCUUGUAUUGCUCAUUGAAGGCCAAUGGAGAAUCCUUGCGUCACUGUGGUCUAAGUACGGAGUGCUUAAGGGGAGCAAUAGAUGGGGAAAUUCUUCAAGUGAAGAAGUGCGGGGUCCGUCUGAUAUAUGAGGAAGAUGCGGAGGAGCUUGGGCAAACAUUAUUGAAGCAGAGCAAUACCAAGCGUGGCCUUCAACACUAUGAUGAUGAUGAUGCAGCAUCUAGUGGUACUGCAACUGGUGCAAGUCAGGAAGAGGAAGAAGAACCUCAUCCAAAACGAUUUAAACUACUCGAGCUUGACGGUGCAGGACCUAGUGACCAGAAACAUGAUUAA